AUGGCGGCGGGCGGGCAGCGGGGCGGGACCGCGGCACCCGCCGCCUCCCGGCGCCGCGGCGCGGGCUGAGGGGAGCGGGCCGCCCGCCGCCGCCCUCCCGCUCCCUCCUUUUCCGCCGGAGCAAGAUAGGCACUCCGCUAGAGCUUAAUACAACUGGACAUUGCUACACCACAAACAAGCAGUGAUGUUCCUGUUACUGGCUGUCUAGCAGAACAUUUGUCUUGCAGACAUCAAAGAACUUUCCAGACUUUAAUAUUUAUAGAAAAUCUUGUGUUAUCCCACCCUGCAUCUAGAGACACUGAGGGCAAAUGGGGUGCAGAGCAUGGAGAAUGAUGAACUUCCGCCAGAGGAUGGGAUGGAUUGGUGUGGGGCUGUACUUGUUAGCAAGUGCUGCGGCUUUUUAUUAUGUCUUUGAAAUCAAUGAGACUUACAACAAACUAGCACUGGAGCACAUUCAGCAACAUCCGAAGGAGCCACAGGAAGGAACCACAUGGACGCACUCCUUAAAAGUACGACUGCUAUCCUUGCCUUUUUGGCUGUGGACUAUAAUAUUUUUAAUACCAUAUUUACAGAUGUUCUUGUUUCUCUAUUCCUGUACAAGAGCUGACCCCAAAACUGUUGGGUACUGCAUCAUUCCUAUCUGCUUGGCUGUUAUUUGCAAUCGUCAUCAAACAUUUGUGAAGGCCUCUAAUCAGAUCAGUAGAUUACAACUGAUUGACACUUAGCUCAAGUUCUAGUUUCUCUUGCUGUUUUGAAGCAAUUGCAUAUGCCUGAUCUAAUCACAAGACUGAAGUUCUGAGUGAAGGCCGGAAAGAGCCUUUUCUUUCAAACUGAUAAGCAAUGAAGAGAGUGACUGUUUUCUAUUUAAAAAAAAAAAGUAAUUAUAAAGGUUUUUUAAUUAUGGGUCUAUCAAGCAGCCAGAGUGGGAGAGCCCUGUGUGACAUGUGAUGGAAGUAUUCCUCAUUUUGCCUUAAUGAUGCAAAAUCACAACACUCCAUCUGAAACGUCCUGUGGGGAAACGAGUUUCUGGUCCACAGCUUUACUCCUCUGUGCAAAAAAGUGAUUUCCCUUGGAGUAAAAUCAAUGAAAAGAUGCUGCUUUUGUGGUAAAUGUAAAAGGAAAAAAAUAUGAGAACGUGAUUAUAAAAGCUGCACUUAACACAAUUCCUUUUCUUUUUUCUUUUUGCUAAGUAAUAUCUACAUCAGUGCUGUUUUUAAUGAAUUUUUUAAAAAUAAGUUUAGAUAUAAAAACAGGAAGCAAAGAAUAAAGUCUGUGCAAACAUUUAAAGGGAAAAAGUACUGUUUUUCCUGUGGUAGCCUACUUUUUUUCAGUGACCACAACAGUGCAGUAAGUAGGCAGUGAGGAGUGGCAUAAGCCUGGAGCUUGGUGCUUCAAGCUGUUUUCCUAUGACAUCAAAAACAGCUUAUGCUGUAAUGGGCCUGUAGUCUGCACAAAAAUUCUUUUAUGUUUUCUUCUAUUAUCUCACUUGAUAAAAUUGCUGACAUUUAUGACCAUUCUAACUUCAGACAUGAUGCAAAAACGUGUUCCGGGAGCACUGACGUAAUUAGGGAAAACUUUGAAUUUGGGAAAGUUAACUGGUAUUAUGUUGGAGAGAUGCUAGAAACAGGUUGUAAGACAAGUAAUCAUGGUUCUUCUAGAAAUUCAAAGAAGUAAGAUACUUUCUUCUUGUUCUUGUAAUGAAUGCAAAUUUCUUCUGUCACACUGAAAUUUCGCUGAGAUUUCUUGUCAUAAAUUCAACCUCUAUUUUUCAGUGCUGUUUUGGCAUAGCUUUUAAGUCUAACUGCUGUAUUGUAUAUUUUGAAUAAGAGUGAAAUCUGUUCUUU